AUGCAGCUGAUUUCUUUUCCCUCUUUCCUGUCUAAGCUGUUGCUCAUGGCCCUCAGCAAUUCUAGCUGGAGGCUACCCCAGCCUUGUUUUUUCUUAGUAGGUAUUCCAGGUUUAGAGGAAAGUCAGCACUGGAUAGCAUUGCCCUUGGGUGUCCUUUACUUCCUUGCUCUAGUGGGCAAUGCUAGUAUUAUCUUCAUUAUCUGGAAUGACUCAUCCUUGCAUCAACCCAUGUACAUCUUUUUGACCAUGCUGGCUGCCAUUGACCUGGUUCUGGCCUCCUCCACAGCACCCAAAGCCCUUGCGGUGCUUCUGGCGCAUGCUCACGAGAUUGGGUACAUUGUCUGCUUGAUUCAGAUGUUCUUCAUUCAUGCAUUCUCCUCCAUGGAAUCCGGUGUCCUGGUGGCCAUGGCUCUGGAUCGCUAUGUAGCCAUUUGCCACCCUCUGCACCACUCCACCAUCCUCCAUGCAGGGAUCAUAGGGCGCAUCGGAAUGGCGGUCCUAGUGCGGGGUGUGCUCCUCCUCAUCCCUUUCCCCAUCCUGUUGCAGAGCCUUGUUUUCUGCCAGACCACUGUCAUUGGCCAUGCCUACUGUGAACACAUGGCUGUGGUCAAACUUGCCUGUUCAGAGACCACGGUGAACCGAGCUUAUGGGCUUUCAGUGGCCUUGUUUGUGGUUGGUCUCGACGUGCUAGCCAUUGGAAUUUCCUAUGCCCUCAUCCUGCAGGCAGUGCUGAAGGUUCCAGGGGCUGAGGCCCGAGUGAAGGCCUUUAGCACAUGUGGCUCUCAUGUGUGUGUUAUCCUGAUCUUCUAUGUCCCCGGAAUGUUCUCCUUCCUCACUCACCGCUUUGGCCAUCACGUCCCCCACCAUGUCCAUGUUCUCCUGGCAACACUGUAUCUCCUGGUGCCACCUGCCCUCAAUCCUCUUGUCUACGGGGUCAAGACUCGGCAGAUCCGCCAGCGAGUGCUCAGGGUGUUCUAUAUCAAAGGACUGAGCUGA